UACUUGUUUUCAGCAGUUUAGUCAUGGUUGUCCUAGAUGUCACUUGCAUUAAUCCAGUUCUUUGAUAUUUGUUUCAGUUGAAAACGAAACAUACUGCAUACUGCUAGAUAAUUGAUUAUUGCUUCAAAAUCAUUGUCGGAAUAGAAUAAAGGAUCGUAGAUUUUAUCGAGGUGUUCCGUUUUUCUUUUUCCAAAAUGGGUUGCUGUUGUUCAACUGACAAAGAUUCCAACCAGAAUGGAGAAAGCAACGAAAGGACUCACUUGUUAGGAAAUGCAGUCAGCAAUAAUACACCUAUCCAGAGAACUCCGUAUGAUGGUUUACGUUAUCCGGGAUCAGUACCUAAACCGACUGAUGAACAGUCUGCACUGAACAAAAUUUUGCAGCAAACUGCCACAAAUGUUAUUGAUGUUGCUGCUCUUGACUCACACAACCUGGAACAGCAUGAAUAUGUUGAAAGGGCAAGGCAGUAUAUUCAGAAGGCUCAGGCCGUUCAACCAGUAUUGCUGUCAAAGUAUAGCAAGCUAAUCCUUACUAAAAACACUGCAGUUUUAAAGGAUAUGCCUGCAAUUGAUAAUUUGCUGAUUGACUCUCCCAUUUGUGUGAUGGACUACCAUAUGAUGAUGAAAAACUCAUCCAAGAUUUCAAGAGCAUUAAAUGAAAUUCAUAUUGAACACAAGGAAGAUCUGGUAGUCCCCUUUGCUAUUCCUUAACAUAAAUCUUUUAAUUGACUGACUUUCAUUGAUUAUCUGACUUGAAAGAUGUGAUGUUGCUAAAUAUCUUAUAUUAUGAUGUACUAAGAAUUAAUAAGAAGGCAAAUACAAUGUUGAACUACA